UAGUGUGACAUAUAUGUAUACUGACCAACUUGUCCAACGAUAUUUAAUUUGUACAGAACGUAGAACCUAUCGUUUGCACGGUAGUUUGACAAGAAUCGUCUAAGAAAAACUUGAUUGCCAAUCUGACAGCACCAUCAUUUGAAUUACCGAAUCUUACGAAAACCAAAGCAAGACACCAUUUGGAGAAAAAUGUCAAAAAUCGAGGAAGGAAAUGCUCAUAUACGACAAGCUGAGAAAAGCUUAAAAACAUCACUAUUAAAAUGGAGACCUGAUUUCGAAGUUGCGGCCGAAAAAUAUACGAGCGCAGCAACUUGCUUUAGAAUAGCAAAAUCUUAUCAACAAUGUAGAGAUUGCCUAAUGAAAGCUGCUGAUUGUUAUAAAGAAAAUAGAUCAUGGUUUCAUGCUGCAAAGAGUUUCGAACAAGCUAUCUUAAUUUCCAAAGAAAUGGGAAAUCUUGGAGAUGUACCAAAAUUGGCAGACCGUGCUUGCUCUCUGUAUCAGAUGCAUGGAUCACCUGAAUCAGGUGCAACUGUACUUGAUAAAGCAGGCAGCAUGGUAGAAGCCAGUCAACCAGAGGCAGCAUUAGAAAUGUUUAAACGUGCUGCUAAUAUUGUUAUGGGUGAAGAUAGCCCACGUCAGGCAGCAGAGUAUAUGAGCAAAGUUGCAAGAUUAUUAGUAAAACUACGAAUGUAUGAUGAAGCAGCAGAUGCAGUUCGCAAAGAAAUUGGCAUGCAUCAACAAAUAAAUCAUAUACCUUCUGUUGGUAGAUUAACAGUAGCAUUAGUAUUAGUACAGUUAGCUCGAGGUGAUCAAGUAGCAGCUGAGAAAGCUUUCAAAGAGUUAUAAAUAUUUAUCUAGAUUAAUACAUUAGAAAUGCUUUUGCAAGCAUAUGAUAAUGAAAAUGCAGAUGAUGCAAGAGCAGCAUUAAAUAAUCCCUUCAUUAAACACAUGGAUGUUGAAUAUGCUAAACUUGCUAGAGGUUUACCUCUACCACAGCAAGAAUAUGCAAUAUCCCCCCCAGGGGUAAGAGCAAAUGCAGCAGAAUCAUAUACAUCUCCUAAUGCAUCAAAACUAAUGGAAGAAAGUACUAGUGAAGUUCAAAACACGAGUAUAGUAGAAUCUCAAGAAACUUCCAAAACAUUAUCUAAUGAUGCUGCUGAGAAAGAACAAGCACAAGGAGCACCUUCACAAAAAGUAGAAAAUAAAGAAGAAGACUACGAUGGCGGGCUCUGCGGCGAGAAAGACCACCUCUUUAAAUUAAAAGAAGGAAUGACGCUGGAGAAUCCGUUCUUUGUCGUCAAGGACGAAGUUUGUAAGGCCUUAAAUAAAAACCGCGGUUUAUACGGGCGCUGGACGGAAUUGCAGGAUGUUGUUGUCACAAGUCCUACCGUGAGUGGGGGAAUCCCAAUCUCACGCGACGAAUUAGAGUGGACAACUACCGAAUUACGGAAAGCCUUACGCUCAAUCGAAUGGGAUCUCGAUGAUCUAGAAGACACGAUCCAUAUCCUUUACCCUUAACGCAUUGCAUAUGCAUAUAUACGUAUUGUAGAAAAGAAUCCGACGAAGUUUAAAAUAGAUAACAAGGAGUUAACGGUUCAACGAAGUUUUAUCGAACAAACACGGGAAGAAGUUAAGAUCAUGAAGGACAAAAUGAAUUUAAGUAGAGGUCGGGACCGCGAUAAUACGGCGCGACAGCCACUUUUAGACAAUAGUCCCGCCCGAGUUCCUGUCAAUCAUGGUACAACUAAGUACAGUAAAUUGGAAAAUGAAAUUGAUAGUCCAAAUAGGCAAUUUUUGGGAGAUACAUUACAACAACAAAAUGACAUGAUGAGGCAACAAGAUGAACAAUUGGAUAUGAUAGGUGAAAGUAUUGGAACAUUGAAAACAGUGUCUAGACAAAUUAAUACUGAGCUGGAUGAACAGGCAGUUAUGCUAGAUGAAUUUGGUAACGAGUUAGAGGUCACAGAUUCUAAACUGGAUGCAACAAUGAAAAAAAUGGCCAAAGUUCUUCAUAUCUGAUCUUAUCGGAGACAAUGGGUAGCCAUUGGAGUGUUGACCGCUAUAUUGGUGUUUCUAAUAAUUUUAUUUAUAAUUAAGUGA